AUGGUCCAGCCUUUCCGCUUCCUCGACCUUCCGAAGGAGCUUCGACUCAAGGUAUACGAAUGCCUACCUGUCACCACAGAAUCCCUCUUCUUGGUUGCAAGCAGGCCCAAUAAAAGCAUGCACCUGGAACUCGCAACAUUUCAAACCGCACUCUUGGCUACGUGCAAACUCAUCAACGCCGAAGCUGAACCGUACAUCAAGGCCUCGAUGAUGGCUCAUCAGCCGACUUUUAAUGGUACACACACCCAGCUCUCUCGCUAUCUCCAAGAUGGCGAGAUGUCUGUUGCCGUCAUAUUCAUCUGUACCCAUAGGGACGAAGCGUACAACUUGUCGGACCAAACACAACUCUCUCCACCGGCGUUCUAUUUAGACGUGUGGAUGCCCGAGUCGUUCGCCGACCUCGUCGUUGAUCGCCUUCUGAGGCUCUGCAACUACACGACCAUGCACUCGCAGCGAACCGGUUGCCUCCUCAACGUACAGUCGACGGGGAUCUCAGUUAACUCGGUUCCAGUGAACAGUUCUACAUGUUUGACUACUUUCGGCAUGGGUGAUCAACUCUCCUUUCGAUUCCUGGAACUGCCAAAAGAGCUGCGUAUCAUUAUCUACGAGCAGUUGCCACUCACAAUAAUCACGAAAACGCUCACGCGCCACGCCCCAGAACAAUAUAUCCACGGUUCUGGUGCAUCAAAAGCUCGAGAUACUGGAGAGAGCAUGCUCUCACUCCACUACGCGGUACCCCCAGUCGCGCUUCUUGCCACCUGCAAACGAAUACGACAAGAAGCCACGGGACUCAUGUCCAAGAGACUGGACGAGUUCCAACCAUGCAUCUCGAUCAUACAAGACGAACGCAAAUUCCCACCACUCAAUUCACCCACUGAAUAUUGCUUCAUUUUCGUCUUAGCCCUGCUCUCUGCUGCGCAUAAGAAGUAUAUUUCGCUCGCCGAUGCCGAAGAAUUGGCUCGUUAUCAGAAGCUGGUCACUACUCGACAAUUCGAUAAGUACACUGUCGCAGAACAGAUAAUCUGGAUCCUGUAUUUCGCCCGCUGCUAUGUCCGAUAUGCGAGUAAGCAUGAAGGUCAGCCUUGCAUCAGGGUGCACUGGAGAAAUGCGCAUUCGCUCUUACCGCGCGUGUUCAAGUCUGUUUUCGAGUUCUGGGAGAUUGAGUUCAAGAUGGAGCUUGAGUUCGAGAACGGCUGCGUGAUUUGGAGUCAGCAAGGGGCCGAACCUGUCUGAGAGGAGUUUGGUCAAAGUCACGAUCGGGUCUUUGGAGAAGUGUAGAA